AUGCGACAAGAUCCAACAGCAAGGUUUACGUGUGUAGUCAACCUCGAUGAUCACGACGACAAAGAAAUAAAGCGAGCUAUUCUUCCACGAACACAAGAGGAAUAUGACCGAGCUCUUGGGAUAUUUGAUCGAUUUCUACAGUUACACCCAGCUGCCCGGUCUCCACCUGACACUCAAACUUACAAAGCCUUUCUUGAAUUUGUGGCCAAAAAUACAGAUGGGCGAAUCAAGGAUAAACCGACACCUGACACCAUUGAAAAUUUUCGACGGCACUUUGAGGCAGGCCUGUCCCGGAACAGGAACUUUCAUGUCCCCCAAAGUAUGUCAACAACAAUGAAGGAGUAUAUUAUAUCAGACCUGGCAAAUAAACUUGGUCUUCCAAAUGUCGAGAUGCCUAAAGACGGAUUCUCUCCGAAUGAUUUGACCGUCCUUCAAACUCAGCUCUGGUGUAGGGACUUCAAGGAAUACCGAGGAUGCUAUCCUGAUCGGAGUAGAGUACAGCUAACGGCAUCAAUGUUACUGUAUUGUUUCUCGUCUGCCCGAACUGGUGAAGUCCAUGAGUCAACAGCUCGCCGAGCCGUUGCUCGUGAGAAACAAAACGAUAAUAAGGAUUCAACUCUUCGUGCUACUGUUAUGGCAGCAUGCUAUAAGCAUUUUGUACUCACUGUAGAGCUAGUUGACCAAAUUCCGAUGCUGGUUUUAACAUAUUCUCGGGAAUACAUCAAAGGUUACAAGCGAAUGAAAAAAUGGCAACUUCCAAUAAAUGCCUUCUAUGAGGUGUAUAGGGAAGAGGUACCCCUGUUCUUUAACUUCAUUCUGUUUAUGUUGCCACUGUUCUCCGGUGACCGGGCCUUUCUCCAGUAUAAUUCUUGUUCUGAGAUACUUGAUACUGUUGACUCUAUCAAGCUCACUGACCUAGCCACACAAGAUAAUCAUAUUAUCUUGGUCAUUCGUUUCAGGAAUGAGAUACUCGACAUUCCAAUCUUCAGGCCAUUCAAUGAACUUGAUUGUGGACGUUCUACUGGAAAAGCGAGAGGUGCUGAUGCCUUUGGGAAAGAGUUCGCAGAUCUUGGACAUCGAAAUAAAAAGUACUCUCAGACAGCCCGAAUGAAACAGGCCGGACACGUCGAACCGCGCACCUUUGGCAGGUCAUAUGCUCACCCUGUGUGCGAAGUAGAUGGACCUGCAACCUACUUGAAUAUUGCCUCUCGCCAUGAACAUAUCCAAAAUCGACGGAGUAUGGGGCUGUACCGAAACCCCAACCUAUGGCAAUCUCUAGCUGCGAAAGCGGAGUUUGAAUUCCAGGAGAGAGAAGAUAUUAUAGCCCUUGAUAAAAAAUUAAUCUCCCUUAAAAAGCAGCUUGAAGACGCAAAUGACCCCGAAGCUGUCAAAGAGAUGCGUUUACAGUGCCGUCGUAUCCAGAGUCAAAAAGACAAAUUAUAUCUAGAGGAACUGAAACGACAACGUCAUCUCCAGCAGAAUACUCAAUCAGGGAAUAUUUAUGAACAAACCUCUUUCCUCUAUUAUCGACGUGCUAUGCCGGAGCGUGACCUUCUCGCUAGGAUACUGCCCACUAGGUCAUCCAUACGAAGCCCAACUGGACGAGAGGCUAUACUGGCGCUGGAAGUAAUUUGCAGAAAACAUCACCAAGUUGCCUAUCGCGCAGGUCUGCAGCCAGUCGAUGGAAGUUGUUCCGUCCGCAUCGUCAAUGGCUCCAUCUCUAUCGUUGUAUGUCAGAACAAUUACGCCAAAUAG